AUGAAUGCCAAAAGACAUGAGGAGGACGUGGCGGGUUCGGAUCUCGAGCUCUCGUCACUUUCGUCAUCAGAUUCAUUUGAGCCGCAAGCCUUUGAAGGAGGUCCCGUAGAACUUAAAAGCCCGUCACCUAUCAGAAGGCUGGAAACACAGGAGUCGUUUGAAACUACCCGUCGAGUUCUAGACAGCGUAAGCAGUAACCCGACAAUAAAGGAACAGGCCCCCGCCGAAAAUGAGAAGCCGUUGGUGGUAGGAGGAAGAACCAACCAGGAACUUCCGUCUGAGACGCUUGAAAGUCUUCAAAAGGAUGGGUUGGACUUGCAGAAAAAGGGAGCGGCUGAUGUCAUUGGAUCGAUGACUAAUGGGAUGAACUGCGAGUUUCCCGAGGAGUACAACAUUGAGACGGACACGGGCCUGGUCAAGGCAGUUACCUUGCAGCAACUGAACAGAUUAGAGAGCAGGACAUCCAUGCGCAGUGGUGCCUCCCAGAGAAGAUCUGUAAAGUCCUCCAUUGCUUCCUUGGAACUGCCGGACUCGACGAGUCUAAAGAGCAGUGGAACGUCCAGUUUAGACCCGGAAAAAUUGCGUAGGGCUGUGGAGAAGAACCAAAAGCAGUUGGAAAAAUAUCAAAAACGCAAGAAAAGCAAAGGAAUUACGGGCCUGCUGAGUAAGUUGUUUGGAUAA